AUGUGUUCCGAUUUGAGCCAGCGACGAACUUCAUCAUCUAUGCAUGACCUGGAAAGCUUUCGCUCAACGCGUGAUUUUUCUACUGCCUGCUUCAUUAAGCCAAAAGAAUCAGACAAAAGUCAUUCUUGUUUGGAGAAAUACAAGGAAGCGUUCGACUCUCUGUUAUGUCGCAGACAAGAUGAGCGCAAUUCACAA